AUGCAGAGUGAAGACACUCAAACUGGGGGAAGGUCAUAUAGAAGCAGGGAAGCUUUUGGAACUUUAUCAGUUCAAACGAGUGAAAGACCAAUGGAGAUUAUUAAGAUGGCAAUCACAGGGCUUACCUACAUGUUGAAGAACUUAUUGAGCGUGCUCUGGUUACCGUUCUUUCCUGGCUGGCCAGGAAUGGGUCUGCGCCAAAAGAUGAGCUUACGCAGUUCAUCUCGGAAGACUGAAGCCACACUUAACCAAGCGUUACCUGACCAGGCUAAUGGCUCUAGCAGGCUCACAAGCACUCUGAGAUCUUCCCUGAGGCCUGAGGGUCUAUCGAGUGUUGAGACACCUGUUUCCUGUUUUUAUAAACUCUCUGCUAGUGUUACUGCGGCUUCACAAGCUGAAGCUCUUCUGGCGAUUUUAGAAGGAUGGGAAGAGUUGUUUGAAGCUAAGAAAGCUGAACUAUUGCCAUCUAAUGAGACAAUCGAGCAAGGAAAUGAUUGGACCAAUGAUGAUUGGAAUGAUGGAUAG